AUGCGCUGCCUGCCUCGGGGCUGUGGCGGAGAGAAAGAGCCGCUCCCGACUCCGGCCACAGCCAGCGCUCAGGGGCGUCGCCACGGCCGAGCCCGGCCCGCGCCCACGCCGCCAAUCGCAGCCCGGCUUUCCAGACCGGCUCCGCCCUUCCGCGCCCCGGCAGCCAAUGGGAGCCGAGCGCGCCGCCGCGGGGGCGAGCGCAGGCAGGGCGCAACAGCGCUGGCGGCGAGCCCGGCCCGGCCUUGCCCGGCGGCCCCGGGGGGUCUGGUGCGGGGCGGCUCUGCAGCGGGGCCGGGAGGGGCGGACACGGCUGCGGACUGCCGCGGGGCCGUCGCCGGCGGGAGCGGCCGUGCCGGGACAAAGUCCAGCGGCUGGCGCUGCCGGGCCGUGCCCCGGGGCUUGCCCCGAGCUGCUGUGCCGGACCAGGCUCCCUCCCCGCUGGCAGCCGCUCUAAAGCCAUUCUCGGGCCACUGGGGUCCCCGGGGAGUGCCCAUCGCCCAGGGCCUGCGCAGGGCUUGGCAGUCGUUUCGCUCUCGACAGAUUCACCUCCGAACCGCACCUUCGUUUCCCGUGGGUCAGAGCCCUGUGCCCCCCGAGCCCUAUGCCCCCCGAGCCCCGUGCCCCCGGAGCCCCGUGCCCCCCGAGCCCUGUGCCCCUCGGAGCCCUAUGCCCCCCGUGCCCUGUGCCCCCCGAGCCCCGUGCCCCCCGAGCCCCGUGCCCCCGAGCCCCGUGCCCCCCGCACUCCGCCGCCCCUGCCCCGCCGGGGUCGUGGCCGGCCCCCGGUGCGCUGCUGCUGCUGUCCCCCCCGGGCCAUGCCCCCGGCCGGGCCGCGCACACCCCCGGCGCCCCCUCGAGCGGUGCCGGAGCUGGCCCCCGGCGGCCCCCCCGCGGGCAGGGCAGCUCCGCGCUGCCCCGAGGCUCGCCGCACCCAGCGCCCCGGGGGGCAGGCCGGGGGUCGCGGGCCGGGGGCUCGGGGCGGCGUCGGGCCCGGAACCCAAGUGCCAGGCUGCGGUUUCCGGGCCGGGCGGCAGCGCCGCGGCCCCGCGCGGCUGCGGCAUGGACGAGGAGGAGGAGGACACGAGUGAGUUCAAGGAGCGCUGUGCCCAGUGCUCAGAGGUGAACUGGGGGCUCACAGAUGGAGGAGGAUUCUACUGCAGAUCCUGUCACAAUGUCAUUGAGACAACCAGGGAAGCUGUGAGCACUGAGUUUGUUUGCAACUCCAGAGUGCAGACCCUCACCAAAGGCUCCAGACACAGGAAGGAGAAGGGUGGGGGCUCUGAGUGGUACAUCUGUGAAGGCUUUCAGCUUGUACUCAAGAAGCAGGCUGAGGCCCUGGCAGCUCUGGGAGUGAGUCCUCAGAUGAAGGAUGAAGUCCUGGGCAGGUUUUGGAGGUGCUACCUGCAGAAGAGCAAGCAGGCCUACUGCAGCAGGCCAGCUGGGGCUCCUGCCAGGGCCUCCUCAGCCUGUGAGAGCAGCACUGAUGUGGACAGUGACCCAGGCACUGCCAGCAUCCUGCAGCUGCUGUCUCAGUCUGAGAGUGAGGGGGACCUGCAGACUGACUGCAGCUUGGCCUCCUCAGCCACCAGGCUCUCAGGGAGCACCUCUGCCUGCUCUGGCUCUGUGGAUGGCAGCCUGUACCUGAGGGAGAGGAGCAGGGAGAAGCUGAGGAUGACCAUGCCCACGACCCUGGCCUUCUGCUACCUGGCACUGCUGUGGCUGCGGGAGCCGCUGACGCUGUCCGACCUGCUGAGGUUUGUUGCUGAGGGCCACAUCCCAUACCUGAACGUUUUCCAGCACUUCCCAGAGAGGAUGAAGCUGUGUGGCCUGGAUCUGAAGAUCUUCAGUGUGGAGUCCUGGCCUGGCUAUGAGGAGGUGCACAGCAGGAUGCUGGAGCUGGCAGCCUUCCUGGAGCUGCCUCAGUUCCCAGAGGUGACCCCCAGCUGCUUCCUGCACCCAGACAUGCUGUGCAUCAGGUACCUGCUGGAGGCCAACCUGCCAGACGAGCUGCACGGCUGGACCUGCCUGCUGGUGCGCAAGCUGGGGCUGGGGGCGGCGGCGCUGACGCCGGGGCCGGGCUGCCGGCUGCGGCACGACCUGCUGGCCGCCGCGCUCAUCGUGGUGGCGCUCAAGCUGCUCUUCCUGCUGGACGAUCGCUACGAGUGGCUGCUCUCGGACCUUGCCGAAGAAAGGAACAAGAGCAGCCCAGAAGCUGGGCCCUGCUUUGAGCUGAAGAGGUGGUACAGGGUGGUCAGCAGUGCCCUGCACAGCAAGCAGCAGAGGCUGGAGGAAGAGAGAGCCAAGUGCCUGUGGAGGUGUGAGAAGCCUCUCUCCUACUCAGCCCAGAAGAAGUGCAGGGUGCUCAAGAGGAGGGAGACAGCUGUGAGGCUGCAGCAUCAGUUUGGGAAGCUGGCUGGCAGGGUUGCAGCAGCUGAGAAGCCCAAACCUGCCAGCUUCCAGUUCCAGUGGCCUGAGGAGAGCCCAGCUGGGAGCUGCUUCCAUGGGCACAGCCUGCAGGCAGCAGUGCAGGAGGGCUGCAGCCCCCCCCGGCCCCUCAACCCCCACUACUGGCUGUGCACAGGCAAGCUCUGCUCCCAGAGGCUGUGUGGCCGCCUGGCUCACUACCGAGGAGUGGACUUCCCCCAGAGCUACCACUUCGUGCUGAGGUUCUUCUCCUUCGUGCUGCGGGUGGAGCCCAGCUCCCUGCACCAGGAGGUCUGCCUGCUGGAGCACAAGCUCUUCCACAGGAGGCUCAGCAAGAAGCCAAGGGCCAGCAGGAGGCAGAGGAGGUGAAAAGGCCUGAGGGGAGCGAGAGAGAGGAGGGCUGUGGGCAGGAGCUGUGUGGGUCCCAGCCCCCGGUGUGCAGCUCAGCCUGUGCUGAGCCUUCUGCCUGCAUGGGUGCUGAGCCCUGCUGCUGGGCUGCCACCCUCCCACUGCUCCCCA